AAGUGUGUGUUGCUGAUGUUAACAAGUGUGCGGCUAUGUGUUUACAAGUGUGUUGACGUUGUUUACUUGUUGUUUUCAGUGGACCAGACCAGCUCCUACGGUUACAGGAACCAGAGGAAGUUCUCAGAAGACAUCGACUGGUCGUACGCAGGGACCCUGAACCAGGACAACUGGGUGAAGAAGUACCCGUCCUGCAGCAGCGCCCGGCAGUCCCCCCUGGACCUGGAGGAGGACCUGGCCCAGGUCCGCCUGGAGUACCAGGACCUGCGCUUCGAGGGCUGGACCACGCCCACCUCCGACCGGACCACCGCCAAGAACGACGGGAAGACCGUGGCCGUCACCUUGGGGGGGGACUUCUUCGUGAGCGGCGGGGGGCUGGGCUCUCGGUUCAGGGCGGCCCGCCUCACCUUCCACUGGGGGCGCUGCAACGCCUCGUCAGAGGGCUCCGAACACAGCCUGGACGGGGUCAAGGCCCCGCUGGAGAUGCAGAUCUACUGCUACGAGGACGACCUCUUCGACUCCCUGGACCACGCCCUGAAGGAGGGGGGGCGCAUCACCGCCAUCGCUGUACUGUUCCAGAUCAGUGUGGAGGACAACGACAACUAUGAGGCCAUUAUUAAUGCUGUCAACGCAGUCAGCCGCUAUGGUAAGAGUGGAGAGGUGGAGGCCUUCUCCCCACAGGCUCUGCUCCCCAACUCCACCCAGAGGUUCUUCAUCUACAACGGCUCCCUGACCACGCCACCCUGCUCCGAGACCGUCCAGUGGAUCGUCCUGAAGGAGCCCGCCGCCAUCUCCGACGCCCAGCUGGAGGUGUUCUGUGAGGUGAUGACCAUGCAGCAGGCGGGCUACGUCAUGCUGAUGGACUACCUGCAGAACAACUUCCGGGAGCAGCCCCCCCGCUUCACCGGACAGGUGUACUCCUCCUACACCGGCAGCGAGGAGCUCAGCACACCUGAGUGCAGCUCGGAGCCAGAGAAGGUUCUGGCGGUGGCCCAGAAACGCAGCAGCCUGCUGGUGAUGUGGGAGCGGCCGCGCUCCGUCUACGACGGUGCCAUCGACCGCUACGCCGUCCGCUACCGGCCCGCCGGCAACCCCGCACCGCCUACCAUCGAGUACCUCACGGACGGGGACCAGGACGUGGGGGCGAUCCUGCAGGACCUCCUGGCUAACACCAGCUACAGCCUGGAGGUGGUGGCCGUCUGCACGGGAGGCCUCCUGGGACGGCUGAGCGACCAGCUGACCGUCACCAUGCCGACCUACGACCCCGUAGACUCGCUGGACUCUGCGUGGGACGAUGUGAACGAGGGAGACUACGACCCAGACCCAGUCCAGGAGGAAGAGGAGGAGGAGGAAGAGGAGGAGGAGAAUGAUGUUGUGCUCGUGGGGCAGGAGAAGGAGGUGGUAGAGGAGGAAAUUGAGGAGGAAGUGGGGAAGGAAGUGGAGGCGGGUUCACCCGUGUCCACAGACCCAUCCAGAACCCCAGACCUCCUCCCACUCCUUCCUGACCCCAGAACCACCAUCCAGGGCACCUCCACCCAGGGUACCCCCACCCUUGCCCAGCCCACCCGGGGGCCAGUCGGGGCUGUGAGCUCCACGACAGCAGGGCUGCGCCCCAGUACUUCCAGUCCGCCAGCAGGGGGCACUGCUAGACCAGGAGACAGAGGAAGAGAGCAGGAGGAAUAUAGUGGCAUCCCACCAAUACACAACCACACACACGCUAGCACAGAGACACAAAACACCACGGACACACACAGAAGUACAGACACACACAACACCACGGACACACACACCAGCACAGAUAGACACAACACCACAGACACACACACCAGCUCAGAUUCACAUAACACCACAGAUAUACACACCAGCACAGAUAGACACCACAACAAGGAAACACACACCAGCACAGACACACACAACAUCACAGACACACACACCAGCACAGAUAGACAUAACACCAUGGAAGCACACAACACUAAAGACACACACACCACUUCGGACACAUACAACAACAUCUCAAACAUAAACACACCCAACAGUACAAGCACACUCAACAACACACACGUCCAUGCCCCCUCCCCCGGUGCAUAUGACGGUAACCGUGGAGACGAGGAGGCCGUCGCCAAUUCAAACGCCACAGCAACAGGGAGUGAGAGGUCAGAGGUCAGCCUCAUCCACCCACAAUCCCGCGGGGUGUCCGAGAAACCCCAGCUGAGGACUACAACUCCCAGCAUGCACUUCACCGGUAUCCCGUCAUACACCACCGCCACGGACGACUUUGAUUGGUCCCCCACGUCCGUCCGCCACCCCUCCCCCUCCCCCUCACCAAUCUCCUCCCCCACCCCAGAGGGAGGGGCCUGGGGGGGCGUGGGCUCAGGCUCCGCCCAGCAGGAGGAGGACUUCUCCGCCUCCGGUGAAAGUGUACUUCCUGUUUCCCCCCGCAUCACUUCCUCCUCCACCCCUCCCCCCCCCUCGGCCGAGACCACGCCCCCCACGGCCGAGACCCCGCCCCCCGACGACGAGCGCUCCUCCGCCUUCUACUUCGAGGCCGAGAGCGGGAGCGCUGCCGUUGCUACGGAGAUGGGGGGCAUGGCCUACAUGGGGACCACGUUGAGCCCCUCCCCCUCGUCGUCAUGGCGACGGCGAGCAGGGGAGGAGCAGAGCGGCUCGGGGGACACCUCCUCCGACUUCAGUAUACCCGAGCACACGGAGAGAGACCUCCUCCUCGAGGAGGUGGGGGAGGAGGAGGAGCUGGUGGAAGACGCCAGUAACAGCAGCCACGAGUCGCGGGUGGGGGCAGUGGGGCUGACGGAGGCGGCGGCGGUGGUGCCGCUGGCGGUGGUGUCGGUGCUGACCGGCCUCGGCCUCAUGGUGCUGAUGGGGAUCCUGGUGUACUGGAGGAACUGUUUCCAGACGGCCAGCUUCUACAUCGAGGACAGCAGCUCCCCUCGCGUCAUCACCCAGACGGCCUUUAACACAGACCACGAGGCGGUCCCUGUGAAGGAGUUCGUCAGACACGUGGCCGAGAUGCACCAAUCACAUGGUUUCUCCCGGGAGUUCGAGAUCCUGAAGGAGAGCUACGAGGAGCUCCAGGCGUACUCCAUGGACAUCGGCAUGACAUCGGACAGCUCCCGGCACCCCGACAACAAGACCAAGAACCGCUACGUCAACGUGCUGGCAUACGACCACAGCAGAGUCCGUCUGUCCACCCAGACGGACAGCGGGCAGACGGGGGAUUACAUCAAUGCCAACUACGUGGACGGUUUCAACCGGCCCAGGGCGUACAUCGCGGCCCAGGGCCCGCUGCGCUCCAGCGUGGACGACUUCUGGAGGAUGGUGUGGGAGCAGAGGACCGGGGUCAUCGUCAUGAUCACCAACCUGAUGGAGAACGGACGGAGGAAGUGUGACCAGUACUGGCCAAUGGAGAGCCAGGAGGAGUACGGCGGCUUCCUGGUAACGGUGAAGAGCGUGAAGGAGCUGGCGUUCUACACCCAGAGGACCUUCACCCUCCGCAACACACGCCUCAAGAAGGGGUCCCAGAAGGGUCGUGGCGCAGAGCAGACGGUGUUGCACUUCCAGUACACCCAGUGGCCGGACAUGGGGGUCCCGGAGUACGCCCUGCCGCUCCUCACCUUCAUACGCAGGUCCUCCCAGGCCCGGACCCCCGACAUGGGGCCCGUGGUGGUGCACUGCAGUGCGGGGGUGGGCCGGACCGGGACCUACCUGGUCCUGGACAGCAUGCUGCAGCAGAUCCGCCAGCAGGGGACCGUCAACAUCAAGGGCUUCCUGCAGCACAUCCGCACCCAGAGGAACUUCCUGGUCCAGACGCAGCAGCAGUACGUGUUCCUCCAUGAUGUUCUGGUGGAGGCCGUCCAGACCAGGGAGGCGGAGGUGGGCUCCGCUCUGCUCCACCGCUACGUGGACGAGCUCCUGACCUCCGGGCCGUCGGGGAACACCAGGCUGGAGAAGCAGUUUAAGCUUAUCUCCCUGCCCGGAGGCCAACACGGGGACUUCUCCGCCGCCAUGAGGGAAUCGAACCGCAGCAAGAACCGGCCAUCCUCUGUGAUCCCUGUGGAGAGCUCUCGCGUGCGUCUCUCCACGAGCUCAGAGGAUGCCUCGGACUACAUCAACGCCUCUUUCAUCACAGGCUACCGGCGCUGCAGGGAGUUCCUUGUGACCCAGCGGCCGCUGCCCUCCACGGUCCGGGACUUCUGGACGAUGGUCUGGGACCAGGGGGUCCAGACCAUCGUCUCUCUGCCCCACGGCGACCACAGCACCGAGGGGGAGGCCGAGCCCUGUGCGUUCUGGCCCAAGAAGCAACAGCCAAUCAGCUGCGAGCGCUUCACUGUGACCCAGCGCAGCGAGAACACGAUGUGUCUGUCCGGCGAGGAGAACCUCGUCAUCCAGGAGCUGCUGCUGCAGGCCGCCCAGGAUGACUUUGUCCUGGAGGUGAAGCUGUUCCGGACCCCCUGCUGGCCGGACCCUGAGCGCCCCCCCAGCAGCACCCUGGAGCUGGUCCACCUGGUCCGGGAGGCGAGGGCCGGGGAGGGGCCCAUGCUGGUCCAGGACCUGACGGGGGGCGUGGCCGCUGGGACCUUCUGCUCCCUCAUCUCAUUGGUGGAUCAGCUGGAGGGGGAGGAGUCUGUGGACGUGUUCCAGACAGUCCGUAUGACCAACCUGAUGAGACCUGGGACCUUCACGCAGCCAGACCAGGUCCAGCUCCUGUACCGGACCCUGCUGAGUCUGGUCGGGUCUCAGCAGGACCAGAAGCUCCUUGACUCCUCCCACACCGCAAGCCCCGCCUCCACGACCGCAGAGAGCCUGGAGUCUUUGGUGUGAACAUCCAAUCAGAAGCCAGGAAUCCACCAUCAGCCAUCACCUCCUCCCACCACCUCCCCUGCCCCUUGCCGUCAAUCAACAGGCCCCAUCUCCCGGACUGGUCUAGAACCUAGACCCUACUGGGACCACCAGGUCUGGUCUAGACCCUCGUUCCUGCUGGGUCUGGUCUAGACCCUAGGUCCUGAUGGGACCACCUGGUCUAGACCCUAGGUCUUGCUGGGUCUGAGGGGUCUACUGGACGUUGUUGACAGGUUGGACUUGUUAUUGUGCCUUGUUUUUUUGUACUUCUCCUCUUUUGUUGGUCCAGAUGUAAUAGGACUGUAGACUAACUCAUGCUAACCAGCGGCUCGAUAACUAACCGCUCUUAAACUCUAUUUAUCGGCCACCCGCCAAAUGGGUAAAAGGGAAUCUUUUGUAGACGUUUGAAUCCAGGCGGGCACUGAACCCACGAGACCACGCUAAUGUACAGAAUAAUCUAGAACUCAAUGGACCAAAUCUCUAUUUAUACCGCUAGAUUUUAUAUUGGACUAUUUUCUAGGGAUUUAAACGUAUACCAUUAAAUUCUAAUUAUGUAGUAGUAUGUUGUUUUUUAUAAUAAACUGUGCUAAAUAUUAUGGGUACUGACCCCAAAUUGUAGAUAGAGAACUAAGAAAUAAACAUCUUGGAACCAGA